AUGCGCGAGGCGGCGUUGCGCAGUGAGGGCGCCGCGCCGUUCCUGCCGUGCCUGCCGCCGCCGCCGCCGCCGCCGCCUCAGCGCCGUUGGGCCCCGGCCCGCGCCGCUACCGCCAUGGCCGACCCCCGCCUCAGGCAGAUCAAGAUCAAAGCCGGCGUCGUGAAGCGAUUGGCAAAAGAAAAACUUAUGUAUGAAAAAGAAGCAAAACAACAAGAAGAAAAGAUUGAAAAAAUGAAAGCUGAAGCAUGUGAUGAUUAUGGAAUAAAGAAGCAGGUCGAGAUCUUACAAGAGUCACGAAUGAUGAUUCCAGACUGUCAGCGCAGAUUAGAAAUUGCACAUGCAGAUCUUACCCAGCUACUAGAAAAUGAAAAAGAAUUGGAAGAAGCUGAAGAGUAUAAAGAAGCACGUUCCAUACUAGAGUCGGUCAAGCUGGAAGCUUAGAAGUUUUUCAGUACUCUUUAUAUGCAUUAGCACUGGGUCCAUUCCACACCAUUGUUUUACUACAGCUCUAUUACUACUGCUGACUUGCUAAGGUUCCCUUUAUGCAAACUAGCCUUUCACUUACUGCAAGAUGCAUCAAAUAAAGGAUGUUCUGAAACAUAUGUGUGUUCCAAAUUCAGGCAAAAUAGGAACAUUGCCAGUUAACCUCAAAUACAAUAAGAAUUUUAAAAAAUAGAUCUAUUUAAUAUAAGCUUAGGCUAAGAAAUAAAGUACAGUUCAAAUGUUUAGCUAUGUAAGGAAUGUGAGGUGCUAAUAAAUACUUUAGAAGCACCUUGUAAUUGAAAUAAUUUCAAGCCAUUAUAGCAUAAAAUCUGUACUGAAAGAGAAGAUUAACUAAAUGACACUUCAAAGUCACCUAUUUUUUUUCUGUGAUGCAGUUAAUCUGUAAUUUUAUCAAGUAUUACUCCUUGUUUAUCUUUGAGCCUAAGAUGGAAUUAAGAGCUGAUUCCAAACCUUUCUCAAUUUGCCUGAGGUUGAUUUGUAGAGCCCAAUUCACACAAUUUCCAUUGAUCAAAAUUAAGUUACUUUUUCAAUAAAAAGAAUUUUGCAGCUGUUUA